AUGGCUCCUGCACCACGCAACCACGCCGCCGACGACUCGGACCUCGACUCGAACGCGCCCUUGCUCCCUGCGCCCGUCCCCUCGUCCACCUCGCCCGCCGCGUCCUCAUCCGACCUCCACCACAACACGAGCCGGUCUCGCGGCCGCAUUGCCUGGGCGUGGGUCGUGCUCGGGUGCUUUGGUGUCGGCCUGCUGUGGCUCGCGUUCGGCACGUCGUACCUGGACCGGCGAGACCGAGACGAGCGGUGGGAGGACGACCCGGCCUUCCCCUCGCGUGUGGGCUACGAGGGCCCGACACCAACGGGCAAGGAGGCGUUCGCCGCCGCGACCAGCUACCCCGUCAACUUCGACUCGUCGCCCCUCAACCCGCCUGCGCCGUCUCGAGCGUUCAACAUCUUGCAUCACCUCGGCAACCUGUCGCCGUGGCGCACCGUCAACCACGGCCUGAGGACGACCGCUCAAGUUCCCGCCGGCUGCACGGUCGAAGAGGUCCAGCUCCUUCACCGCCACGGCGCUCGCUACCCGACAACGGGCGCAGGGCCUGCAGCGUUCGCAAAAGAUGUCGUCGGCGCCGAGGGCUUCAAGGGUUCCGGCAACCUGUCGUUCCUCAACAAGUGGGAGUACAAGCUCGGCGCCGAGAUCCUGACGCCGUUCGGGCGCGAGCAGCUGUUCAAUCUCGGCGUCUCGUUCCGCACCAAGUACGGCCACCUCCUCGACGAGGGCAAGAAGCCCGUGUUCCGCACCGAGAGCCAGGACCGCAUGCACGCGUCGGCGCUCAACUUUGCGGCCGGGUUCUGGGGCAUCCCGUUCGAGGACAAGUACCACCAGCUCGUCACGAUCGAGUGGCCCGCGUUCAACAACACGCUGUCACCAUACAUGACGUGCACCAACGCCAACCGGCUCGACCUCACCCGAGGCCCGCGCAAGAUGGCCCUGUGGAUGAAGCAGUACCUUGAGCCUGCACGAGUGCGGCUGCAGGAGCAAGUCGAGGGCGUCGAGCUGUCGCACCGGGACCUGUUCAACAUGCAGCUCAUGUGCGCCUACGAGCUCGUCGCGCUCGGCGGGAGCGCGUUCUGCCCUCUCUUUAACGAGGACGAGUGGCGCGGGUUCGGCUACGCCCACGACAUCGAGUUCUACGACAUCUUCUCGUUCGGCCAACCUGCGCAAGCUGCCGUCGGCAAAGGGUGGGUCCAGGAGUGGCUCGCCCGCACGCUCAAGCAGCCGCUCGGCGAGUUCAACUCGACGACCAACUCGACGCUGCACACGAGCCAGUACUUCCCGCUCGACCAACGCCUGUACGUCGACGCGACGCACGACACGAUCAUCUCGGCCGUCAUCACGACCCUCGGCUUCUCGUCGUUCGCGCGCUCGGGCCCGCUCCCGUCGGACCGCAUCCCGGACAACCUGUCGUUCGUCACGUCGUCCAUCUCGCCCUUUGCCGCCAACCUGCACUCGCAGGUCCUGUCGUGCCCGGUCGAGGGUCGCGACGACGGCGAGACGGCGCGCUUCGUGCGGUGGAUCCUCAACGACGGCGUCGUCCCGCUCGACGUGAUCGAGGGCUGUGGCGACAACCGCGACGGCAUGUGCCCGCUCGACACAUUCGUCUCGGCCACCCAACGUCGCCUGGCGAGUAUCGACUGGGCUCAUGAUUGCCUCGCACAGUACGACCUGCCCAAGGAGCCGAUCAACGACGGGCGUCCUCCUCACGCGUGAUCCUCUCGUUCGACCUCCUGUAGAAGGCCCUGCAACUCUCUCUCUCUCUUUC